AUGGACGCCACGCGCUGCGCUUUGCCUUGGCUCUGCGCCUUCCUGGCAGCCGUGUGGGUUGCCGUCGAGGGUCCUUCACCCGUGCUCUUUCCGGCCUUUCGGGAGGCGGUCCCCCCGGCAGCACCAGCGGCACCCUCGGAGGCCGAGCUUCCAGCGGAGCGCUGCCGCCCCGAAGGAGAUGUCCACGAGCCGAAGGUAGCGCUGCAUCUGGGGCACCCUGCAUGGACGCUCGCCGUGGGCUGGCCGGCAGGCGAGGGCGACUGGCACGUUGCAGCAGGGCAGGAGGUUUCUUUUCUUGUGCGCUACACGGUGCCUCAGCCGCCGUGGCCCUGCGGGAGCCCACUUGAGGCGAACAUCUUUGCAUGGUUUCGAUCCACCAGCGGCCACAUCCUCUUCGCGGCCCCUGCCCUGGCAGACAACGCGACGGAUCUGCAGCUCGGGCGAUUGAGAAUCGCCUUCCGAGCCCAAGACCCAGGCGACUACCACGUCCAAGUUCUGGAGCUGUCCCCACUGGGGAAGCAGUUCGCCCGAGCCCGACAAGCGGGCAAGAUCCGAAAGCUGGUCGUGGAGCUGCAAACGUCGGAUCCUGCCGCUCCCACACCUACGCCCCGAAGCGGCGCCGGAAACUCCAGCCUCAUUCAGCUACCUCCACGACGGUGUGAGCUGGGGCGGGACACCUUCACUCACGGGCGAUGGGUGAAGAGCUCCUCGCUUCAGAGCCGAGAUUGCAAAGCAGUCGCCUGCGCUCGAGAUGGAUGGGUGUAUCUGUCACCCAGCUGCUACUGGAACUCGUACUGCCCAGAAGCUGCCCUGGAGCGGGCGGCGUGGAGCGGCCGGACGCUGUGGAUCGCCUUCUUGGGGUCCUCGAUCACGCGAGGCACUCCACAUGCACUGCUGGACUGGCUGGCGCCCGGGAGUCGGGGGUUCUUCUCGGAGCACCGGUCGCAGCUGCCGGGCGUUGGGACUGCCGUGAAGUGCUGGGGGUGGUUCGACACCCAGGUUGGGAAUCUCCGGGCCUCCUACUCCGACUUCCGGAUCGCCAGCUACAGCGAAGGAGAGUCCCGAGCCGCCUUUGGGAGGCUGGCCCAGAUCAUGAGGGAGGGCGCGGACGUGAUCGUUGUUGAGUUUGAGGUGGUGAAGCCGGUGAUGGAGGGCCUCCGUCAGUUGAACCAAACGCUUCAAGAGUUUCAGGGGACCCUGGUGCUGGCAGCAAAGAAACUGGGGCCUUGGCACUCCAAGUACCAGUGCUGGGUCAAGCUUCCCAACGAGACGUGGAUAGACGGCGUAAAAGGUGAGUUCCACCGGGUCUUCUCCGAUUGGCCUGAGGCUAUGAGAGCGAAGCUGAACGCUCAAGUCAUAUUCGUGGACGAGAACCCUUGGGCCCUGCCCUUGUUCUUCGACAUGGAAUCUCGCCAGGGCCGCUCCCAGCAUUGGCACUACUACAGCGACAAGCCCGGACGAGGCGUUUGGGGAACGCUGCCGGCAGCGUCUGGACAGGCAUACCUGUCAUACCUGCUGAGCCACGCGAGAGCCAGGCAGAGCGGUGCUAGCCCGACUUCUGAGUCCGGGGUCUUCCGUGUGUGUACGGAGUGCAUGUUGAAGGCAUGCUGCCCCUGGGUCGCGCCGGUGGCGCAGCCCUUGCAUACCCUGUCCAACUGGUCCCACGACUUCGUCCCGCUGGCGAGCAUCAGCAUGAGUAGCUGCGCAGAGGGGGAUCGCACACGGGGUCUAGCCUCGAGUCCUGGCCAACGUUCCCAGAAGCAGGCAAAGGCUUCCAAGAGCUGA